CCUCGCUGUGUGCAAAUGCCGCUCGUCGAAUAAAACUAUAAAAGCUGCCUAUCCAAACCCUCCUUACCUCUUUCACCACUCAGAACCCUAAUCUCGGACGGCGAGGACAGAAGUCUUAGAUCGACUUCUUCCUCUCUCUUGAAGUUGCAGGACAACCAUGACUUUCAAGCGCAGGAAUGGAGGCCGUAACAAGCACGGCCGUGGCCAUGUCAAGUUCAUCCGUUGCUCCAACUGCGGCAAAUGCUGCCCCAAGGACAAGGCUAUCAAGAGGUUCCUUGUGAGGAACAUCGUUGAACAAGCUGCUGUUAGGGAUAUUCAAGAGGCUGGCGUCUAUGAGCAGUACACUCUCCCUAAGCUUUAUGCAAAGGUGCAAUACUGUGUGUCAUGUGCCAUCCACUCUCACGUGGUCAGGGUGCGUUCUCGUGCUAACAGGAGGAUCCGGGAGCCACCACAGCGUUUCAUCAGACGCAGGGACGAUAUUCCAAAGCCUGGUCAGCCUGGCCAGCCUGGGCAAGCACCUCGUCCUGCUGGAGCUGGCAACCCUGUUCGUGCUUGAGAUCAAAUUAGUUUCUGAUGCUGUUUUGCCUUCAUAUGGAUGUUGAGAAUUUUGUUUUGUCUAUGGCUCCUCCUUAUUUUAUAAUUACAUGCUUCGAUCUUUGAGGGUUUUCUAUUCAGAUUUUGAAUCUAUGAAUUGAGGUCUCAAGUUUAGGUUUCUUGAAAUUAGUUUUGCCUUUGAACCACAUCCAUAAGCAAGAGUCAUAACUUUUCAUGCCAUUUGGCAUAGGCUGAACUGAAAGAGAGCCAUUAGUUUAUGAUGUGGGUGAAUAAAGAUGAGAUUUUACCCUA